AUGGUUCUGGAGGCCAUCAGAUAUAAAGAUGGUAAACUUUCCAUCAUUGAUCAACUGCAACUACCAUUUACGGAGCGUUACAUUGAGAUCAGAACGAGCGAGGAAGGUUGGCAAGCCAUCAAGAAUAUGCAAGUCCGAGGGGCACCUGCUAUAGCCAUUGUGGCUGCCCUUUCGCUCGCGUCCGAGCUUCACGAACUCUCCAUACGAAAUAAGAUCUCAACCACGGCAGAGGACGUAACAGCUUUCAUUAGGGAACGGCUUGGACACUUGGUGAGCAGUCGACCGACUGCUGUCAAUCUUAGCGAUGCAGCCCGGAAGCUUGAAGUUAUUGUCUCUGAGAGAUCGCAAACUCCGGGCUCAACAGCACAAGACAUCGUGAAUGUAUUCAUUCAAGCUGCUGAGGGUAUGCUGGCAAAAGACGUAGAGGACAAUACAAGGAUCGGCGAAAACGGUGCCAAAUGGAUAUCGAUGAAUGCCUUGCCCACGGACCAUGAUAAAGCCGUUGUUCUUACGCACUGUAACACCGGCUCUCUUGCAACAGCUGGCUACGGUACUGCGCUCGGUGUGAUACGUUCUCUCAUGGCCAACAAUACUUUGCAACAUGCAUACUGCACUGAAACAAGACCAUACAACCAGGGCUCUAGACUGACCGCGUUCGAACUUGUUCAUGAUAAAAUCCCGGCAACAUUAAUCACAGACUCCAUGGCGGCAGCUUUAUUGUCAAGGCCAGAGACUCGUGUCAACGCCAUCGUUGUUGGGGCGGACAGGGUGGCAGCUAAUGGAGAUACAGCAAAUAAGAUCGGCACCUACGGUCUUGCAGUGCUUGCUAGAUACCACGGAGUCAAGUUUCUAGUUGCUGCCCCACUCACGACGAUUGAUUUGGCUACGAAGUCUGGCGGCGAUAUUGUCAUAGAAGAACGACCACCUUCGGAAGUAACGAGAGUUAAAGGGUCGCGGGAAGACGAUACCACCGGCGAUGUGAGAUUGGAAACAAUCAGCAUCGCGGCUGAGGGGAUCAAUGUCUGGAACCCUGCUUUCGAUGUUACUCCCUCUGAACUCAUCGACGGAAUAAUCACGGAGAAGGGCGUCGCAGAAAAGGACACAGAUGGUCGGUUUCAUUUGGAAGAGCUUUUUGAUUGAUCAACUUGCUUCACAUCGGAGCUCGACUGCGUGUUCGCAUAGGCAUUCUCCGGCGUCGGUCCAGCGCUUUCGUCUUGCGGUUCAAGAAGGCUAUCAAUCUUGCUCUCUAGGUCGCUCAGGUGUUGCUCAAGGAGUGAUGCUGCUUGCUCUCCACUACAAACAAUGGUUAGCUACACGCCCUAAUUGAUUACAGGAUGCCGUAUAUACCUUGAAAUGUCCUUUAGGAUCUAGCGAAAGUUGACUGUCAGUGCCUGCUUUCAGGAUUCUUGAACAACAAAGGUGUAAUUCUUAUUUUUAAAUGUAGUUUGACUAGGAGCCCAAUUACAUACCUCUGCAAAGGAGGCCUGAAGCCCUAUCAUUUUUCUCAGCUGUUUCUGGCAUGACC